UUCAUACAUCCGACUUGGUUUAAACCAGCAAAAAAAAAAACAGCGCAGGGUGUAAAAGUUGCCACUGUGCCGAUUAAGUUUAAAUCGGAUCGGUUCAACGUUGUGAACGGUAGUGCAUCUUUCGACGGCGGUUUUUAUCAAAAGUUUUAUAUAAAAUCAUUUUAUUAUGAGUAGUAAGUUGUUAGUAAUUCUGUUUGGUGUGUUGAUUUUAAUGAGUACGGUUACGGCACGACGUGGUCGAACUCGAGGUAGAACUAAGUCCAGAGUGCAAAUUGGACUUCCGAUUACGGGAAAAUAUCGAGAUCCAGAAUCCGAUCAAUACUACAAUAAUCACAACGGUGCAAAAAUUCUACAAGCUUCACACUUUGAUCUUGAGUACGUUUUGGGUCAUAAAAUAGCUUUUCUCUGUGUCGCGAAAGGAAAUCCACGUCCACAUAUUACUUGGUACAAAGAUGGAACGGAAAUUUUUCAACACAUCUACAUGCACGUACACGAAUGGCUGAUUGGUGAUGACAAGAUAAAGUCGAAAAUUGAAAUAGAUCCUGCCACGCAAAUGGAUGCUGGUGUCUACGAGUGUACCGCCGACAACAUGUACUCGAUUGAUCGGAGAAGUUUCAAAACUGAUUUCUCCAUUGCAUUCGAUUAAAUUCUAUUUUGCUAA